AUGGAUGCACGUGAGGCAAACUUAUGCCAAAAGAGGUUUACCAACAUAGAGUUGAUUUGGGGAGAAAAGUUUAAUGUUCUUCAAACCAAAACACACCAAAAGGAGGUCCUCAAUGAGCUGAAGCCUCAUCAUGAUACUUUGAAAAAGCUUCAAAUUGUGUCAUAUAGGGGUAUAGAGUUUCCAAAUUGGGUCGGGGAUCCUUCCUUUUGCCGGUUGACCAAAGUGUCGAUAGAUGGCUGUGAAGAAUGUACAUCUCUACCAAGACUUGGUCAACUACCAUCCCUGAAAGAUUUGUUUAUUGGUAGGAUGAGUAAGGUGAAGGUCGUAGGUUUAGAUUUACAUGGGAUCGGCCUUGCAUUUCCUUCACUUGAAAUGCUACAUUUUUAUGGUAUGUCAGGAUGGGAGGAAUGGUCAACAAAUAGUGGGGCGUUUCCUUGCCUUCAAGAGCUUCGUAUUGAAGAUUGUCCUAAUCUGCUUCGGGUCUCGCUUGAAGCACUGCCUUCCCUAAGGGUUCUGAAACUAAGAAAAUGUGGUCAUGAUGUAUUGAAAAGACUGGUCGAUGUAACUUCAUCACUCACCAUGCUGGAAAUAGAUGAUAUUUCCGGGCUUACUGAUGAACUGUGGAGAGGUGUGAUAGGGUAUCUUGGGGUAGUUGAAGAAGUAAGCAUGAAACGUUGUAAUGAAAUAAGAUACUUGUGGGAAUCAGAAGCAGAGGCAAGUAAGGUUCUUAUGAAUUUAAAGAAGUUGGAUUUAUGUGAAUGUGAAAAUUUGAUGAGUUUAGGGGAGAAAGAAGAGGAUAAUAGUGGGAGCAGCCUAACAUCUUUUAGGAUCUUGAAAGUAUCGGAUUGUAACAGCUUGGAGCAUUGUAGUUGUCCAGAUAACAUGGAGGAUUUGGAUAUUGAAGAUUGUGAUUCAGUUACAUCUAUCUCCUUCCCAAAAGGAGGAGGGCAGAAGCUCAAGUCACUUUCCAUUAGUAAUUGUAACAAACUAUUAGAAAAAGACAUGGGAGGAGGAGAGAAGAUUCAGGUGCUUAUCAACCCAAACAUGCUAAUGCUUGAAUCUUUGUAUAUCUUCAAUUGGCCAAAUCUAAAAUCAAUCACUCCCUUGGGCUACUUCAUUAGCCUCGUGAGUUUGACAAUAAUAGAGUGUGAAAGUAUGGAGUCAUUUCCUGGCCAUGAGUUGCCAAAUCUCACCUCGUUAACACAUCUGGUAAUAGUAAAGUGUACAAGUAUAGGUAUGGAUACUUCCUUUCCUAGUGGGCUUUGGCCUCCCAAAUUGUGUUUUCUAGGAAUAGGAGGGUUGAAGAAGCCUAUCUCAGAGUGGGGCCCACAAAAUUUUCCAACCUCACUUGUUGAGCUAGUAUUAUAUGCCGGACCAGAUGAUGACAUGAGAGGUUUAGGUGAAUUGUCGCAUCUUCUUCAUUCAUCCCUUACUAAUUUUGGCAUAGAUGGAUUUGAGAAACUUGAAUCAGUUUCAGUGGCACUCCAGCACCUCACCUCCCUCCGGCAUCUCUCCAUUUACAACUGCCCAAAGACGAAAGAUCUACCAGAAACGUUGUUGCCUUCACUUUUGAAAUUGACGAUAGCAGGAUGCCCAAAUUUGAAAGAAAGGACUAGCAAAGGAGGCUCCUAUUGGCCACUGAUCUCCCUUAUCCCCGACCUCGACAUAGAUGAGUAG